CAUGCUAAUCUCCGCCUGGGCAACGUUCCUCCCUCUCCUUUAUAGGGGACCGGUUCGUCUGCUCCUCCGUCUCCGACCUCGCCCCGCUCCCUAGUUUUCUGCUUAUGUAUUUCUUUCUCCUUCUCGUGUAUUUAAAAUUUUAGGAAAAAGGUGUGAAAAAUAUAGAUUUCAAUCUUCCAUCCCGGUGUUCUUGAUCUUUGUAGAGGGUUUCGAUCGUCUUCGAUUCAUUUUUGGACUGGAGAGGACUGGGUUAGAUCUCGAGCACCGUAUGAUUGAUUAGUGGUUUUCUUUGGGUCUAGGGUUAGGGUUUCUGGAUAGCGGGAGUUUGUUUCUUUGUUGUUGUAUUCGAUCUCCUUCACUUCGAUUUUUGCCGAAGGGAUUCUUUAGGGUCGAGGGUUUUGCUUUUAGAUUCUUGGUCCAGCGGCAGGAAUGGAGAAGAAAAAGGUGGCCGUUCCUCUCGUCUGCCAUGGUCAUUCGCGGCCGGUGGUGGAUUUGUUCUACAGCCCCGUUACUCCGGAUGGAUUCUUUCUCAUCAGCGCAAGCAAAGAUGCCAGUCCCAUGCUGAGAAAUGGUGAGACAGGAGACUGGAUUGGAACUUUUGAAGGGCAUAAGGGUGCAGUCUGGAGUUGCUGCCUCGAUACCAAUGCUCUACGUGCUGCAUCUGGUUCAGCUGAUUUCACAGCGAAAAUAUGGGAUGCGUUGACUGGAGAUGAAUUGCACUCGUUUGAACACAAGCACAUUGUUCGGGCAUGUGCCUUUUCGGAGGAUACACACCUUUUGCUCACUGGAGGAGUUGAGAAAAUGUUGCGGAUAUUUGAUUUGAAUCGUCCAGAUGCACCUCCAAGAGAAGUUGAUAAGUCACCUGGUUCAAUCAGAACUGUUGCUUGGCUUCAUAGUGACCAGACAAUAUUAAGCUCUUGCACUGAUAUUGGGGGUGUGAGGUUAUGGGAUGUAAGAAGCGGGAAGAUUGUCCAAACUCUUGAGACCAAGUCACCUGUUACGAGUGCUGAAGUUAGCCAAGAUGGCAGGUAUAUCACUACUGCCGAUGGCUCAACUGUCAAGUUUUGGGAUGCAAACCAUUUUGGACUUGUUAAAAGCUACAAUAUGCCAUGUACUGUGGAAUCAGCUUCGCUCGAGCCAAAGUUUGGCAACAGAUUCAUUGCUGGAGGUGAAGAUAUGUGGAUUCAUGUUUUUGAUUUUCAUACUGGUGAACAGAUCACUUGCAAUAAAGGUCAUCAUGGACCUGUCCAUUGUGUACGGUUCUCUCCCAUAGGCGAAUCCUAUGCUUCAGGUUCAGAAGAUGGGACAAUAAGGAUAUGGCAGAUGAGUCCUGCCACCGCUGAUGAGCAUGAGGGAAUUGGGGCAAAUGGUCCUGGUGGAAAAGUGAAGGUUGUUGCAAAUGAAGUUGCUCGGAAAAUUGAGGGUUUUCACAUCACCAAGGAUGGACCCAGCGAGGGGUAGAAUGCUGCUCUAGUAGAUUCCUGAACGAUGCUGUGCCCAACUGGGUAUGAGAAGGUUUAUUCCUUGUUGCUCAUUUCUCACCUCUUCUAAUAUGCCUGGUUACAACCUUCCAUCUUUCAUGUGCUUUGUUGAAUCAUCCUUUAUAAAGAAACUUAAAAAAAACCUUGUGCUGUAUAAUUUCGAUGUUCUGAUCCUCGUGGAGUUGUAUUAGUGUGGUGGUGCUAUAUAAAAGGCUGUCUUCUA